UUCAUUCCUACCACAGCCUGGAUUCAUCUCUGCCCCAAGCUGGAUCACAUCUGCAAACUAUCCUCUAUUUACCCGCUCGUUCUAACUACCACGUUGUGUCUCCCCCCUCGUGUGACUUCAGGGGACAUGGAGAGCAAGCGCUGCUUUACCAAUCGCUUCUGCGACUACAAGGGCAGUCUGGAGCCCCCCGGGCAGAGCGCCCAGCUGGGGGCGCCGCUCAUUCUCAGGACCUUGGAGAGCAUCCUCAAGCAGCUACCUGAACACGGAGGACAGGAAGGAGGUCUGUAUGGGGGACUGGCUGGCGUUGCUUAUAUGCUGUAUCAUGUAGCCCAGUGUCCCCAGUUCAGCGCUAAUAGGGACGGAUACCUGCGGACAGCCAGCAACCUUAUAGAAUCAUGCACUGCACAUUAUGACCUGGAACAGGACAGGCAGACCCGGGCCUCUUUCCUCUUGGGCGGUGCGGGGGUUUAUGCGGUGGCAGCCCUGAUCUACAAGGCGCUGGGGCAAGCCACCGAGGUCACCAGGUCUUUAGAUAAGUUCAAGGGUCUGUGGGAAAUCUGCACGCCGCUAGGUUUCCUUGAGUGUGGCUCAGACGAGCUGUUCGUGGGCAGAAGUGGGUACCUGUGUGCGGCACUGGUGCUAAAACAAAAGCUGGGCAUCGAGGUGUUGACUUCAGCACAGAUAAAAGCAAUUUGCCAUGCUAUCCUGGAAUCUGGCAAGCAAUACUCAAUGAAACGAAGAAAGCCAUUUCCACUUAUGUACUCAUACUAUGGAACAGAAUAUUUGGGUGCAGCACAUGGACUUUCAUCCAUAUUGCAAAUGCUCCUUUCUUAUCAGGAAUAUCUCCAACCUGAAGAUCGAGAUCUCGUUUGGCAAAGUGUUGACUUUCUGGUGAAUCAGGAGCAAAACUGCAACUGGCCAUCUGAGCUUGGUGAAGUGAUAGAGCGAGAGAAUGAACUUGUUCACUGGUGUCAUGGAGCCCCAGGCAUUGCGUAUCUCUUUGCCAAAGCAUACCUACUUUCCAAAAAGCCAUGCUAUCUCGAUACUUGCAUCAGAUGUGGAGAACUGAGCUGGCAGAAAGGUCUAUUAAAGAAGGGACCUGGCAUCUGUCAUGGUGUUGCAGGCAGUGCUUAUGUAUUUCUGCUCCUUUAUAGGCUCACUGGAAACACCAAAUACAUUUACAGAGCGCAAAGAUUUGCAGAAUUCAUAUUUUCAGAAGAAUUUAAAGCAGGAUCCUGUAGUGUGGAAAACAUAUACAGCCUAUAUGAGGGCCUUGCAGGGACUGUAUGUUUUUUGGUAGAUUUGCUUAAUGCUAAUCAGGCAGAGUUUCCCCUUUUUAGUGUCUUUGUUUAAUAUUUUAUUUCUCAGCAUAGCUGUGAUUUUACUGUAAUCUUCAGGUAUUUUACCAAUAAAAGUUAACUGCCUUUAAAAAUAA